AUGGCUAUCAAUCGCCAUAGGUCCACUGAUGACGACGACUCAGAAAUGAGAUCAGUCACCCUCAUGUCCCUUCACUCUACUGUGUACCGUACCAGACUUCACCCAACCUGGGCUGAUUUGUUGUGCAGCCUCAAAACAUCCCGUCCGUCGCAGUCGUCGCCAUGGGCAAGCCGUCUUGUCAGCACCAAAGUUAUCUCGGGAUCCCUUGUCCAUGCUGACAGCCACCCGCCGCUCGUCUGGUACCGUGGCUCCUACCAAGAAGACGGAUGUUCCUUUGCUCCCAGUCUUAUCUACCCAGAUGUCGGACGUGGUAGCCAGUUUGUAGUGUCUAGUUGUUGUUGUUGUUGUUAUUGCUGUUGUGGGUAUGGAAUGAAAGCAUGCGCCCAAGCUUGCAACCCGCAGAAGAAGAAGGAGGGCUCAAGCAUGUGA